AUGAGCGAUUCUGGUCUACCUUGUGUGGCUCUCUCUCAGCUCGGCUCAGCAGCAGCAGCCGAAGUUGGCCUCUCGGAAAGUGCGCGCUCGUGCUCGUCGCUCGGUGGCAGUCCACUUCCAGCCGGUUCGCUAAACGGUUGCAUCCGCGCGAGAACAGAGUGCCGGGCGAGAUCGUGGAGAAGAUCGUCGUCGGUGAUCGUGGGAGAGCAGCAGCAGCACCGACGGGGGAGGAAAAGAAGAAAAGGCGUCCGCAGACGUCUGCAGAUCUUCAGCUCAACUCAGUCCAACGCGUGCGACAACAAGUUGGUUCUCAAUCAACCUUAUUCAUUCAGUGUUCAGUGAUGGCUCGAUCGUGCGCAGAAAUCAAUUGUCAA